AUGCUCGCCUUCCUACCUCUACUGCUGGCUUUCAGCAGCCUCGCCACAUCAGCUGCGAUUCCAUAUUCCCCGAUCUCAAGGUCUCCAGACUCAUCCGUAUCGCACUCAACUCGAGAGUCCACCGACUCAUCUCGGGUAUCCGCCCAAUCAGCCUACCAGAACGCGGAAGCUCAUAGUCUCCCCCAAACAACCCCUUACUACUUCCCUGAAACCAUGCCCGACAACGAUGAAAUCGAUGAACGAUUAAUUGCCCUACGCGAAGCUGGCUUCGCUGGCGCGGCCUUAUCUGAGAAGGAAAGCGAAACACCGAUGCACCGAAACCAGGCACAUGGCCAACCCCAGCAGUCAAUCGGCACGCCGGAUGUUACAACGAUCGACACUCCUCGUGCACGGAUGCUUAUUCUUCCUGAUCGGGAUUCGAGUGCCGAGCUAGCCCAGUCGCUAGAGAGCUCGUAUUCUCCCCGUACUGCGGACGAAUUUCAGAAAGAUCCAGUGAUUGGCCAGGCCCUUCGAAUUGAUUGGGUCACCUCCGAAGCCCCAAUCCUCAUUGCUACACCCCCAAUUGUACCAUCAAUGAUUUUCCUCUUCUUUAUCGCUGCUGUCCUGUGUAUCGCCACUGUGGUCCGCGGUGUACGUCACCGACACUGA